AUGGAGGACGCUCUUCUAAAAGAUGGAUGCAUGGAAAUUGAGAAAACACUAAGCGCGGCGGCACGUACCAUGGAUGAGGCCGUAUGCGCGUACGCAGCCCGGGCCAAAAACUACGAGCUAGUCGCACAGCUGGAGAUGAAACACGCCAAAACACUUCCGCAGCAGGCGCACUCUGUGUGCAUGAGCGGCGGAAAGGUGUAUGUUGGCACGUGGAGCGGAGAUGUUUUUGUGUACGAGGACGGGGUGUAUGCGGAAAGAUUCCAGCCUGGCACAACCCGGGUGGUGAAAAUGGAGGCGCACAAAGGCGGGAUUGUGGUAGUCCAUGCAGACGGGCUUGUGUCAUAUGUGAAAGAAAAGGAAGGCGUUUUGCACCAAUUGCCCGGAUACAUAAGGGGCGCGGUGCACCCGUACAACCCUUGGCUUGUUUCGCAAAGUGCAGCAGGCCUGGAGGUUUUUGACUUUUCGCACGGAAAAAGCCUCUGCACAGGAGGCGCCCCCGGCCUCUCUGCGCUCUCAAUCCACCCCGCCGGGUCGUGUCUUCUUUCUGCAGGAAAGACCCUGUGCAUUGUGGACCUGCGGUGCAUGCAGGUUGCAGUGGAGGCCGAAAACAUUCUAGAGGUCCAAGAGGGCCUGUUCCACUCAAUGGGGGUGGAGAUGAUUGUUUCUGCGAGAAAAAAGAUAAAAACCAUAGACGUGCGAAACAUGUGCCAAAUCAAGCAAAUAAGCACAAGGGACACAGCUACAGUUCUGUGCGAGCACAGAGACAGCCUGGUCUAUUCUGGGCCAAGCCUGUACACGCGAAGCAUCUGCCCUGUGACCGGAAAGUCGCUCUUUCUUCUGGAAAAGCCCGCACUGCACAUUGCAUCAGACGGGCAGCAGAUGGUGCUAAUUGACUCAGCCAAGGAAAUGCGCACGUAUGCGCCCAAGGGAGAGCCUGCGCAGACGCAUGGUAGCAGUGCGAGGGCUCGGCACGGAGGCGCAAAAGACACAGCACAGGAAAAGAGCCAAGAAGUGGCGGAGGACGCGCGAAGCUGCAAACAGUAA